AUGGGGCAGCCCCCAGCGUGCCCCAUCCCCGAGUGCCCGCCGUGCCCGCCCGCAGGUGACGGCUGGGUGCACAAGGCGCUGGACUUGGGCUCCCACAUCCACCUGGUGGAGGAGCUGCAGGUGUUCGAGCCGGCGCAGCCCGUGGAGAGCCUGGCGCUGGCUGGCACCAAGAAGCUGCUGUUCGCAGGGUCCCGCCUGCAGGUGGCCCAGCUGCCCCUGGCAGAGUGCGGGCGCUACCGGUCCUGCACCGACUGCGUGCUGGCACGGGACCCCUACUGCGCCUGGAGCCGCAACGGCAGCGCCUGCGUCCGCAGCGACGGCCACAACGG